AUGGUGAAGAUGUUAACAGAAGGAAAUCCCAAGGUUGCGAUCAUUGGUCCUUCAAAGUCAGAGUCUGUUGCAAUGGCUGGACAGAUUGCUCCGGUUUUCCAUACGGUUCAUGUCAACCAGGCAGAUAACCUUCUAAAUCCACUGCGAAUCAAGAUGAUGAAGCAUUAUGGCUGGUCCCGAGUGGCUACCCUAGCCUAUCAGGAUGAAUACAAUGUACCGCAGUUUAAUGUGCGCAUUAUCAUGGGGGCCUUUCAUGCAGACACUGCCUUACCAGUGUUUUGUGAGGCCUAUAAACAGGGCAUGUACGGUCCUAGCUACGUUUGGAUUCUGUCUGGUACUACCCUUCAUCCCGGAUGGAUAGAGGCUACAGAGGACUGCACCUUGGAACAAAUGCAAACUGCAUUGUACGGCCAUUUCGCACUGCAUAACCUGGAUGUUGGGUACUCCAAUGAAACAACAAUUUUGGGAAAGUCAGCUGCCGAAGAAAUGGCAAGUCUUCGAGUAUUGGAUUCUUCAACUCCGUAUGUACAGUCCCGAUAUACUCCUUACGUUGUGGACACGGCGUGGGCUCUGGCGUUAGGCUUAAACAACAGCCUGAAGUACCUUGACGAGAAGGGGCUUAGUCUAUCAAGAUACAAAUAUUCGGAAGACUUCAACCAAGCUAUCGUAAAUGGGAUUAAAGAGACAUCUUUCGUCGGAGUUUCGGAACUUCACCAUGGCCCGAUUAAGAAGGCGAACGAUCCUCACGUUAUACAGAAAAUCACACCAGACCGCAGUGGCAAAGAAAUCCGUCAAUACAAGAACAUAAAAUGCUAG